AUGAACAACAACCUACCUUUUGACAACCAACAAGAAGCCCCAUCUCCCGUCCUACAUAUCCGUCCAGUUCCACUCGAGGCAACCGAGAAUGACUUAAUCCAAUGUAUUGCCCAGUACUCUUUUGGAACACCAAUUAAUGCUGUCCGUAUAAUGCAGAAGUUCCAACAGGCAUUGGUAGAGAUGGAUAGCAUUGACACAGCGUCACGUGUGAUCAAGUUCUCCCAGGACACGCCACCAUUGCUGCUCGGCAAGCCGAUCCAGAUCAGCUUCUCCAGGAGCAAGUCGAUCAACAGCCAGGUGCCCAUUGGCAACGUGCUGUUGGUGACGAUUGAGAACGCCAUCUUGAACAUCAACGUCGACAUCCUUCACCACUUCUUCUGCUUCUACGGCGAGGUGUUGAGGAUCGUCAUCUUCACCAAGAACGAACUGCAGGCACUGGUCGAGUUCUCCAACCCCGAGAGCGCCUUCAACGCCAAGAAGCACCUUAACAACGUGCCCUUGUACCAGGGCGGCGCCUGCCUGCUCAAGAUCGAGAUCUCCAAGACUGAGCACCUCAACGUCACCAAGAACACAGACCGCACCAAGGACUACACCAAGACGCUGCCCGUCGGCAUGCCCUACUUCCAGCCGUCGGUGACGCCGCCCCAGCGCACCAGCGUCAUCAUCGUCUACGGCCUGGACGACCUCGUGACGUGCGACCGUCUGUUCAACCUGUUCUCACUGUACGGCAACGUGCAAAAGAUCAAGAUGCUGCCCAACAAGAAGGGCGCCGCCAUGGUGCAGAUGGAGGACGCGCAGCAGGCCGACGCCAUCAUCAAGUACUACAACCAGGCCAUCCUCUUUGGCCAGCAGCUGUUGAUUCAGUACUCGAAGCAUCUGUCGAUCGCCGACUCGCACAACCAGGAGGCGCAGUCGCAGAGCCGCGACUACACGCACAGCCAACUCAACCGCUUCUCUCACCCCAUCAACACGUACAAGCACAUCUAUAAACCCUCGCAGACACUGUACUUCUCCAACGUCCCCAAGGAGUACACCGAGCUGGCCUUCCACCAACUGUUCACGUCGAUGAACACGCACAAGCCCAUCGGUGUCAAAAUCUUCCCUUCACAGCCUGCCACUCCUCCUGGCACCAAGCCCGGUGACACCAAGAUCGUCGGCCUUUUGGAAUUCAGCUCAUCAUCACACGCUCUCGAGGCAUUGCUCAUCGCCAACAAUGCCCAAAUCCCAGGUUCACACUCCACCAUCCGUCUUUCAUUCAGCAACUCCACCGUACUACCACAGCCACCCAGAUCAGCCUCCUCCUCCUCAUCCACCUCGACCGUCAACAAUGGUAGCAAGUCUGUUGUCCUCAACUAA